AUGAUUCAAUCUCAUCCUAUUGAAGAUUUAUCUCUUGAUGAUAAAUUUGUCAAUAAUGGGGUAGGCAUGGAUGAUGAUCUUAUGAUUCUGAAUUUCUUUGAGUCCUCCACAUUCUCACCUCCUUUUACCACAACUCAUGAUCACGACUCCCUUGAAACUUCUAGCACAAAUUUCGCACCUUCUGCCAUGUCCAAUGAGUUUAUUGACUUUGAUAAUUUUCCGUUUCAUGUUAACGAAUCUUCCUCAGUACUUGGUUUGGAGGAUUUGGACCCCAAUUUUAACAUUGAAUUAGACGAGAUGAGAGAUUGGUUAGAGAAUGGUGAUCAUCGAGAAAGUGAUGAUUCUUAUUAUCAUCAACUCUCUAUUUAUCAAGAGGUUACUGACACAUCUAUGGACGUGACUUCAAUAAUUCAGCCAAUCCUGAACUUGCCUACACAAGACAUGGAGAUUAACAAUGAACUCUGCACAAGCCAUCUAGCAAAGGCCUAUGGUGAAGCCAUGGCGAAUGAACAACGAGAGCUCGCGGAGGUGAUCGUGAGACGCAUCAAUGAGAAAGUCAGUCCUGUCGGUGAGAUUACGGAGCGCCUUUUGUAUCAUUCUUUUCGGCCCUUGAACAACGAAGCUAAUGACAACUAUCUUAAACAAGAGUCCUGCAAGGUUUUUGAUGCAGCUUUCGAGGCAUUCUAUAGAGUGUUCCCGAAUGGAAUGUUCGCUCAUUUCACUGCGAACUCGGCGAUUCUUGAGGCCAUUCCUCAUGAUGCCGGGGUUCUGCACAUUGUUGAUUUUGACAUGGGAGAGGGCAUUCAAUGGGCUUCAAUGAUUGUGGCUCUUGCUCAACAACAGAAGCUGCUACAACAAUUCGGUAUUAUCUCACAACAAAUAACCUUAAAACUUACAUCAAUAAAGUGGAAAAAUGGAGAUUGUAUUUGUGGUCAAGCUCAUCCCCAUUUGAGAUUUGAGGAGACAAAGAAGCAGUUGAUUUGUUAUGCAAAUUGUCAUGACUUAAAGUUGAAAGUUGAAGAAAUGGAACUACAAGAUUUGGUAAGUGAGAUAAAGAAAACUACAAGAAGAGGAAGAAGGAGAGAAUGGCUAGCCUUCAAUUGCAUGUGGGCUCUUCCCCACAUGAGGAGGAGAAGAAGAAGAAGGCAUGUUAUGGAGUUUCUAAAGGUGGCUAAGGAUUUUUUGCCCAACUCUGACAGUAAUAAAACUACUAAUGAUAAAAACAAUGGAAUGAUUACUUUUGGUGAUGGAGAUACUUGGGAGAAAAUAGAAGAUUACUCUUGUUUUGGGUCAUUCUUUGAUAGUUAUCAGGAACAUUACGGAGCAUUGUUAGAAUCAAUGGAAUGGAACUUCCAUAAACGUCUUGUAGAAGCAAGAAUAGCCAUGGAGUGUCUCUUUGUGGCACCAUUUGCCUCUUGUGUUGCUUUGUUAGAAAAGUGGAAGGAAGUAAAAGAGGUCUGCGAAUUUGAGGCGGGAUUUGGGUUGAAAGGGGUGAGAUUAAGCAGUGAGAGCUUAAUGGAAGCUAAAGUAAUGGCGAGAGAAGGUGAAAGUUUGUACACAGUGAGGAUUGAAGGUGAAAAUGCAAAUGAGAUGGUGUUGGAAUGGGGAAGAACCCCAUUAGUAAGAGUUUCUGCAUGGAGAUAG